AUGUCAGAUAAUAAGUUCCUUUCAAACGACGACGAGCUGUUCUUACAAGGCUCCACAGACUACUCUUCUAUCGAUGAGCAGACUCAAGAAAAUGACUUGACGGUCUUAAGAAGUCAGAUGUCUGCAGAUGAACUUGUUAGUGAUAACGAUGUCAUUAAGACAGAAAUCUUGAUUGAACAAGGACGUCAAGAGGAUGAAGAUGAACAAGAAGAUGAGGAUUACUCAAGUGACUACUCUGAGGGCUAUACGACCACCAUGACUGCGCCCACUACCGUCGACGUAUGGGCGAUAUUGAAGAAGAGUGCGAUCAAUUUAGUAUUGCCAUUCAUCAAUGGGGUGAUGUUGGGAUUCGGAGAAAUCUUUGCCCAUGAAAUUGGCUUCCGUUAUGGCUGGUUAGGAGCUAGAGUGGUUCCUGUAAGACGUACUCAGACUAGAAAGCAAACACAGUCUCAAUUUUUAUAG